AUGGAAAGGGGAAAUGGGACUGGGGCAGGGGCGGCAGAAUCAAUGAGAGGUGCCGCCGUGGACGGUGGCGGUGAAGAUGGCAGCGGCGGCGGUUUUGCAAGAGAGCAGAGGGAGAGAGUGAGUGGCGGCGAGUGGAUGAGAGAGAGAGAGCGAAUGGGAGUGGGCGUGAGGAGAGAGAGGGAAACCGGCAGUGUGAUGGCAGUGGCCGGCGCUGUCAGCGGCGGUUAUGGAGGAGUAAGAGGGAAAUCGGAGAUGGGGGAGGUGGUGACAGGGAGAAGAAGAAGGAUGAGAGGGAGGGUAGCCGGUGGCGGCGGCGCAACCGUCGGCGGUGAUGAAGGUGGUUGCGGUGAGGGAGGAGAAGAAGAUGGUGGAAUGGGGAAGAGGAUGGUUGGGGGGAAGAAGUGCGCGACUGCGCAAUGCUCGUUGCGCAUUAGGUUAUCAUCAUUUUGA